AUGCCUCUGGGCUCAAACUGGGCCAGGGGACUGGCAAUUAUCUUGUUUCUGGGUCCCUUGACCCUUCUUCUUGUCUCUUCGUACCUCUUCCCAUCGACGUUGACGGUGAUCAAUAGUGGAAGAGCCUGGGACGUCUUUCGCACCACGGCGAAGAAGCGAUUUCGCUCAGACGCGGCACGUCUUCUUCAGAACGGCUUCGAGAAGUCUCCUGAUGCCUUUCGCAUUCUCACUGACAACGGGCCUUUGCUGGUCCUGUCGCCUCGAUACGCUCGAGAGGUUCGCAGCGACGAUCGCCUCAGUCUGGACCAUUUCAUUGCCUCCGAGUUUCACCCCGACAUCCCGGGGUUUGAGCCAUUCAAAUUGAUCUUGGAUCCAAGGAAUCCGUUAAACACGAUCCUCAAGACGAGCCUUACGCAGGCACUAGCAUAUAUGACAGAGGACUUGUCUGUAGAGGUCGCCGACGCACUAUCCACAACCUUGACCGAUGACUCUGAGUGGCAUGAGAUCAGCCCCUGUCAAACGGCUCUCAAACUCGUCGCGCAGAUGGCAUCCAAAGCCUUUAUCGGACAAGAGAAAUGCCGGGAUCCCAAGUGGCACAACAUCAUUAUCACCUACACGCACAAUGUCUACCUAGCAGCACAAGCACUUCACUUUUGGCCCAAGUUCCUACGACCCAUCGUGGCUCGGUUCCUGCCCGCAUGCCAAACCUUGCAGGCUCAGAUUGCCGAAGCGCGAGAGAUCCUUGAACCUUUGGUGGCCCAGCGACGAGCCGACAGGGCCAGCCGGGCCGCUCAGGACAAACCUGUGCCGUCUCGCGCGGAUGUCAUCGACUGGCUGGAAAAUUCUUAUGGCGAUCAACCAUAUGACGCCGUGGCCGCACAGCUGCUGCUCUCAUUUGCCGCGAUCCAUGGAACCUCUAACCUCUUGGCGCAGGCGCUCAUGGACCUCUGCACGGAUCCAGACCUAAUCCGGGAUAUUCGUGCAGAAAUUAUAUCCGUGCUGGGUGAUGAGGGAUUGACCAGGGUCGCUUUGUACCGGCUCAAACUGAUGGACAGCGCAUUGAAGGAAAGCCAACGCCUGGCGCCGAACAGAUUGUUAUCCAUGGGCCGCAUCGCGCAGAGCGAUAUGCACUUGUCUGAUGGCCUGCGUAUCCCCCGAGGCACGACGCUCAUGGUGUCUGCCCACACCAUGUGGGAACCUGAGAUCUACCCGGACCCUCGGCGAUACGACGGCUACCGGUUCUACAAGCUACGACAGGCAUCGGGGCAAGAGGGCCAGCACCAACUAGUGUCGGCGACGGAGAAACACAUGGGGUUCGGAUACGGGAAGCACGCUUGUCCUGGGCGGUUUUUUGCGGCGGCCGAGAUCAAAGCAGCCUUGUGUCAUAUCCUUCUCAAGUACGAUCUGGAACAUCGGGAUGGCCAGCCGCCGCGAGUCUGGAGUCAGGGCAUUCAUCUGUUUCCAGAUCCGACGGCCAGGAUCCACGUCCGUCGACGAAAGGAGGAGAUUAGCCUGUGA